ACUAUUGGCUAUUCUCUCUCUCUCAAAAAAAAAGAGUCCCGGACGUUUGCCACCCCCAGAAAAGAGUUCCGGUUCCGAACCAAGUUAUUCUACGCCCUCGUCUUUAUAUACUCUGGCAUCUGAAGAUCACAAGCGCGCUUUCGGCACCAAAUAGCCGGUUCGAAUCUGCGAUUCUACUCAUGGAGAUGGAGAUGCAAGCUAGAAGUAUUUCCGACGGCAGCAGGAUGAAACGCCUGAAUCCAUUGAAGAUGUAUUUAUUUAUCUUCAAGCAGAAGGUUGGGUCCUUAGUUUUCGGAAAAGGCAAGGUCAUCAUUCGACAACCAAAGAAGAUGUUCAGGAUAUGUACCCGUGAUGAGUAUGGCACCAGAACAUUGGCUAAACCAAGAGUCAUACUUAAAUCAACAUCACUGUGGCAUGAAAAAGAGCUUCGUACUGAGAGGUGGAGGCAUGCCCUGGGUAUUAGUGCGUACGAUGCCACUUCAUGGGCGGCCUAUCAGGAAAAUAUUGAAACCAUUGAUAGACUAGCUGACACGUUAGAUAAUGCACUUACUAAGUACAAAGAGCGACGUUUGCAAGCGGGGUUGUUUUAUUUUGUCCCGGAUAGUGAAAAUGUGAUGUUCCUAGCUAGCAGCUACCUUCACGGUGGUAGGAACAGUAAUUUCUUGAAACACCUAUGGAGAAAGAAGAGACUGAAGCACGAGAUGAAAGAGACUACGAAAGAGACCAUUGCUCUGGGGACUGAUCUAUCCGACAUAAACCGUGUCUCAGUUGUUGCUGGGACGUUGAGAUUGUGUGACAUGAGGCACUUGUUUUGUAUGUUACUUGUGUUGUCCUUAGCGCUGGCAAUAGUAUAUAUGUAAUUUUUUUUUUAGUUUAGGUUGAUUUGCUACAACUCUUAUGUUAUCUAUACGGUUUGAGUUUGAGUACAUAUUUUCUCAUGAAUUUCGCUUAGGACAUAUGUGCGUUUGGCAUACACUCCCAUUCCCGCUGCAGUCUCUU